AUGGAGCUAGAAAGCCAACAGUUCAGAAAAUUGAUUACUUUCUCCUCCCAACUGCUUGGCUUUGGAGGGUUUGGGAAAGUGUUCCAUGUGAAAUCAGAAAAUAAUAACUAUGCGAUGAAGGUGAUUGACGUUGAAACGGUGACACAUAAGUAUAUGCAGGAUUCUCCAUUGAUGACACCAACCAGGCCGAUUGAUACUGCAGAAAAAAGGAGGAAGAUAUGGAAUUCCAUAUUUAAAGAAGUGAAAAUCUUAAAGAAGUUAAACCACGAGAACAUUGUCAAAAUAUACUACUAUUAUACAGAUAAAAGCUUGGGAACGAGCAAGAUACCUAGGUAUCUUUACAUUUUUUUAGAAUAUUCGGCAUAUGGCUCAUUGCUCAAAUAUAUCAAAUCAUCUCCGAAAAAAAGAAUCCCUGACUUUGUGGCUAGGGGAAUAACAUGUCAGGUUGUUUCUGCUUUAGUGUAUUUGGCUAACGAAUCGGUUAUCCACGGCGAUAUCAAGGCGGCCAAUAUCUUACUUUUCCGAGACGGAUCAGUUAAACUUUGUGAUUUUGGACUCAGCUUCCAAUGGGAUGAUACAAAUAGUAAUGACUACAAUGACGAUAUAUCAACAGUCACAAACAACAAUAAACUACAACGCCUAACGGCCAACGGAUCCGCAUAUUGGCUUGCACCUGAAAUUAUUUUACAUCGGAUGUCUUCCCCCAAAUCAGAUAUUUGGUCAUUGGGUGCAACGAUCAUUGAAAUGCUUACCGGAGUCCCACCUUUUGGAAACCACACCCCACUAGCAGCAUGCCAUGCCAUUGGGAAUAAAAGUAAUAUACCUUAUCCUGAAAAUAUAAGUGAUCUAGGAAGGCAUUUUCUAGAUCUUUGCUUUCAAUUUGACCCAGUUUUAAGAGCCCGAGCAAAGACGUUAAUGUCACACAAGUGGAUUCAAGAUUCCAAUCCGAGGAUCCUAGAGAACAUAGAAGAGGUAUGCGAUGAAAACGCUUUUGAAGGGCCAAAUAAUGUACUCGAAAAAUACAAAGAAACUCCUGAAGACGGUGUUCUAGAUGAUGAAUUUGAAGAAAUCAGUGACGUCAAAAUAAACAUGAAAAAAUUGGAGCUCCAAAAUUCGGACAUAACCAAAUCUAUUAUUGGACUGCUAGAUAUGCCUACACCUGAUGUUGCCCUGAUUGUCCACCUAUUGAACAAGUGGAAGAGACAUUUCAAACUGCGACCACAAAAAGUUGAAGAGUUAUGUUUACAUGGUCUUCUGGCCGUGCUUUCCCGAGUGAAACUAAGCCCACAGACAGUACACCUCAUUGAAGACUUGGUCACGGGUAUUCGAAAUGCGAGUGAUCCAAACCGUGGUCUUCAAUGGCUGUAUAUUUCUGGGUUCAAAAAAUAUGGAAAGUGA